ACCUUGACUGCGAAAAGGAAAGACCAAAUAGCUUGCACAAUGUGCUCUGCCUGCGACAACCCUUGCAACCCAGUACUUUCUCCGCCACCACCAUCUCCUCCGACGCCGUCGCCACCACCCCCAUCCUCGUCCGGUUCUGAUUGCCCGCCACCGCCGUUUUCGCCGAGUUCUGGUGGAACAUACUACUACUCGCCGCCUCCUCCUCCCUCGGAACCAACUACAGUAUACGCGUCACCACCACCACCUUGGCAACCGACGACGGUGUACUGGUCACCCCCACCGCCUUCCGGAGGUGCUAUUGGCGGCGGUGUUUAUCCUCCGCCAACGAGUUACUACCCGGCACCUCCACCUCCGAACCCAAUCGUGCCCUACUUCCCCUUCUACUAUUAUAACCCUCCGCCUUCUGGCUUCUCAAAUUCCGUCCAACUGAAAGCUCCUAUUUUGUUCUCAACAAUACUCCUCCUUUUCUUGCUACUACCCUUUUAGAUGAUCUGACUAAAAUAAAUAACUCUUGGAUUUGCUGAUCUACAAAUUAGAGACAGAGAAAGUGCGCCCUUUGUGUUUAUGGGGGAAUCCCUGAAUUUCUUAAAUGCCUUUCUCGAUCUGAUGUCGCCAUUCAAAGACGAGGACAAGGCU